ACUUCAGUUGUGAUGUAGCCUCGUUCAAAAUUUCUACCUUGAGAAUCUCAAUCUCUAUCAGUUUACCUUUUUCUUGAUUCAAAUUGCUAACAUUUGCCUCAAUCCUCACCCUCCGUCCCUUUUCCCAGCUUUUCCAGUUGAAAAACACUACCUAUUUCUCUCUCUAUACUUUCUCCCACUAACCUUCUUUAUCAAACUCUCUGUUUUCCCCUGGUUUUUUUAAAAACAUCUCUUCUCUUCUGCUGCACCAAAAUAACCACAAUCUCACUCUCUCUCCUUCACUCCCACAUUCCUUCUUUUUCUCUCUAAAGCCCCCAUAAAUUUCUUUCCAAAAAACAGAGCAAUAAACCAGAGCAAAAACCAGAGAAAACAGAGGAAAAACAGAGCAAAAAUGGAGGCAUCUUCACCAUCAACACAAACUCAACUACCCAUUUCAACCCCAUCACCAAACCCACAAAAACUCCCAACAAAAAGGAACUUAAUCACCUCUUUAAUGGAAGCCACAACUCUACGCUCACCUUCUUUCAAAGAAGACACUUACCUUCUCUCCAAUCUCAAACCAUCCGAAAAGAAAUCCCUCAAUGAACUCAAAUCCAAGCUCACUUCGGCCACCUCUGAAACCACAAAAAACCCAUCAAUGUGGAGCAUCCCACUCCUCGCCGCCGCAGCCGGCGAGGACGCAAACGAGAAGGCGGAUGUAAUCCUCCUGAAAUUCCUCCGAGCUAGGGACUUCAAAGUUUCCGAGGCGUACACAAUGCUGGAGAAAUCUCUCUUAUGGCGAAAGGAGUUUGCGGCGGAUGGGAUUGUGGAGGAGGAAUUAGGGUUUAAGGAACUUGAAGGUUUGGUUGCUUAUAUGCAUGGGUAUGAUCGAGAAGGGCACCCGGUCUGUUACAAUGCGUAUGGCGUUUUCAAAGAUAAGGAGAUGUAUGAUAGAAUAUUUGGGGAUGAUGAGAAACUUCAGAAGUUUUUGAGGUGGAGAGUUCAAGUUCUGGAAAGAGGGAUUAAAUUACUUCAUUUCAAACCUGGUGGGAUUAAUUCUAUCAUUCAAGUUACUGAUCUUAAGGAUAUGCCUAAAAGAGAGCUUAGGGUUGCUUCUAAUCAGAUUCUCUCUCUUUUUCAAGACAAUUACCCAGAAAUGGUUGCGAGAAAGAUUUUCAUCAAUGUGCCAUGGUAUUUCAGCUUGUUGUACUCAAUGUUCAGCCCAUUUUUAACUCAAAGGACUAAGAGCAAGUUUGUGAUUGCUAAGGAAGGCAAUGUUGCUGAGACACUCUAUAAGUUCAUAAGGCCAGAAGAUGUGCCGGUUCAGUACGGGGGACUGAGUCGGCCAGGCGAUCUCCAGAACGGCCCGGCAAAACCGGCCUCCGAGUUCACUGUCAAAGGGGGUGAAAAGGUUAAUAUUCAGAUUGAGGGAAUUGAGGGUGGUGCAACAAUUACAUGGGACUUAGUCGUGGGAGGUUGGGACUUGGAGUACAGCGCGGAGUUCAUCCCGAAUGCACAAGAUGGUUACACCCUUGCAGUGGAGAAACCGAAGAAACUAAGCCCCUCUGAUGAAGCCAUCCACAACUCGUUUUUGGCAAGAGAGGCCGGGAAGCUUGUGUUGUCUGUCGACAACACCACAUCGCGGAAGAGGAAGGUGGCUGCCUAUCGCUACAUUGUCCGCAAGUCUACAUUAGUGUAGUGUGAUCCCCCUUGUGUAAAAUAAUGAAAGCAUCUUUAGGAAAGGAUAUUUAGGUUUUGGUGGGAGUUGGGUUUUGUUUGUUUGAGGUUUUUAAGUAGUAAUACUAUUGCUUUUUUAUGCCUAUCUAUGCCUAUGAAUCUAUAUGUAUUCUAUAAACUCUUUUAACUUAACUGUAUACUACGAGUAUUAUUAGAGAA